AACACCAGUGCGCGGGUGUGCGAUUGUGUUUCGGGAUUGAGGAAAACCCAUUUGUUCCACGCGACCCAGCGAAAAACGGAGAGCCCAUUUCGGCCACCGACGGAAAAGCGGAAUUCGACUAUCCAAUCCUCACCGCAAACGCACCCAGAGGAAGCCAAGCGUUAAGGCGGAAGUGCGACAUCGGUUGCCUGCGGUCGUCGUCGUCGUCGGAAAAAAUUUAAGAUGGACAUCGGUGGAGCGUACGGCGGUGGCAAAGCAGGAGGCGCCUUCGAUCCGAUUGCGUUCGUGCAGCGACCGAUAGUUAUUUUGCGCGCCGUUUGUUGGCUCUUUGCGAUCAUCGUGUUCGGCUGCAUAUCGUCGGAGGGCUGGCGAGAGGAGGCGAACGGCAAGGAUUAUUGCAUAAUUAACCGCGACGGAAAUGCCUGCAACUAUGCGGUGGGCAUCGGCGUAAUCGCCUUCCUCGCCUCGAUGGGCUUCAUCGCUGGCGAGUAUCUGUUCGAGCAGAUGUCCUCGGUGAAGACCCGGAAACACUACGUGCUGGCCGAUCUCGGCUUCUCGGCCUUCUGGUCCUUCCUGUUCUUUAUCGGUUUCUGCUACCUCACCAAUCAGUGGGGCAAGGCGGACGAUCCCCCGAACGGCGAAGGGGUGAACAACGUGCAGGCUUCCAUCGUGUUCUCGUUCUUCUCGAUCUUCACCUGGGCCGGCUGUGCGUACUUUGCGUUUUUGCGCUUCAAGGCCGGCGUCGACCCGUCGUUCUCGUCCACUUACGAGUCGGACCCUAGUGCCGCGCAGCAGUACUCGGCCUAUCCGGCUGCCGGUGAAAACGACCAGUUCCAGGAGGCACCAUUCUCCGGACAGCAACAACAGCAGCAGCAGCAGCAGCGAGACUACUCACAACCAACGUACUAAAUUGGGGAAAGCACGAGUAACCGAGUACUUUCCGAGGAGUGCGGCUGAGAGUUUAUCAUUUGCGUUAAGAAAAUGUUCCAUCGGGAGUGCCGAAAACCGGAAAUCAUGCCCAUCACUUUAACCUGAACCAAGUUCGCGAGUAACGAGUAGGCUCCUGCUCCAGAGUUCCAGUAGUAAUGCGUUCAGUUCGAUCGUGUGCCCGAUCGUACCAGUGUUCGAAACAAAGAAAACAAAAAACGAAUCGAAAAUACGGAACCAAACACCGGUCGUUGCCGGUACCGAUCGGUUGAUUAUCAAUGAUAAUGAUAGCUAAAAUGUACAAAACAUGAAUGAGUAUUACGUUGCAGGUGUUGAUCAUGGUUUUUUGUGCAUCCGUUGCCAUCUAAUCAAAUUCCAGACAGCAGACAAGCGCUAUGUUUGUUAAGUGUGAGGUUAGAAAUCAUUGCACUAAGGUUAAACCGUACACCGUUCGAACCCUUAUUUUCUACAUAACGUUCAUAGCGCAGAGAAUGAAUGGUUUAUCGAUUACAUUAGUACUGGCUGGCUGACAUGUAGAACGCUUUCCAAAAUAUGCGUUAACCUCAAAUAAUGGCUUAACCAUUGGAUCGACUGCAUAUAUUAUUUUCAAGUCUGGUUUUGAGCAAAUUGAUGAUUGAACGAUUUUCUAUUAAAACAAUCAGUGAACUGUUGUUUUAAUGCCGCCUUGUAGUACUUUUAACCGUUUGAGGGUACUCAUUUGUACAUGCUUCUUCGCUCAGUGGCUUGUCGACUGAGGUCGGGGAUUUGUCGUGCAAAAUCGUUCACAACACACAACAUCGAUGAAGUUGUCGGCCUCGUUCAGAAAGCUCGGUCGGUUAAUGGUCGGAGUCACACGUAUGCUAUCGAUGUCUGUAUAUGUUUUGUAAAGGAAGUGGAACAGGAACGGAAAUGGUUCUCCGCUUCGAGCGAGCGUUGUCGGGUGUGUCGUUGUUUGAUAUCGACAGGCAAAGCAUAGGUUAGUAAGUUACAGUGAGCAGUAUUGGUGCACAGGAGGACGCGAACAUGUGCGUUUGUGUUUCGAAUGUAAAGGCAUCUGUAUUUACUAUCUUAAUCCAGUUUAGAAAGUUUCAGUUAAACAAAACAUAGAAUCGUAAGAAUAUCGAAUGUUAUGCUAGAUGUUAUUUAUUGCCGUUUUACAUUAUAUAGACACGUUUUAGUUUCACAAAAGCCCUUUUUGUUAAGCCUUUUGAUUAUAUUUUCAGAGCCAGGGAACAAUCCACUAUUGUUUGUUUUGUUUUGGCAUGGACUGAACUAGUCAUAUCGAAUCAAUCACUUGCCCACCAUUUAUCGAUAAACCAAUAAUGAGGUACAGCUAUGGCUUCGUCACUAUUUAGUUGAAUUACGCCAGCAUGCAGUAAGGAGUGACAGAACAGGAUAGCAAGCAAGAAGAGAGAAGGACAAAGACAAAGAAAGACAAAUGCUUGGCGGACGUUUAUUUCCAAUGAGACACAGAAAGCGUAAGAAAUAGAAUAAAAGUAAGACAAAAAUAUAUUCAUAUUUGUUAGCAAUCGCCAAUCACGCGAACGGAUAGCUCUAAAAUGGCAUUAAAAUAAACUGCUUCGAAUAAAGAAAGUGGUUAAAUCUUAUGAAGACAAGUUUCAUGAUCAAUAACAGAGCAGAAAGAGAGAGAGCCGAGCAAACAAGAAAAGAACAAAACAUACACACAUAGUUGUAACGCAUUCACCAUAGAUAUUGUAAGUAUAAGAUAUCGCGUGAUCGAACCGGAGCGAUGUGUGGAUGUGUGUUGAUUUGCAAAACCCGACACAAACGAUCAAAUUUUCUAGUUUUGGAUGGUAUAAAUGCGCUUCCUUUCCUACAGCGACACCACUCAAACCCGUUGUUAGCGCAGCCAUUUUGAAACCAAACUUCUGGAAGAACAUACAUAUUGAAUCGAUAAAACGAAGGCAAACAAGAGAACCACGCAACAAACACAUCGGCAUGCGAACUAAACAUUGAUUACUACAAUACUAUACCAACAAACACGAAGCGAUCACCACACAACAACCAGGUGAAACAAAACGUGAGACGAACAGAGAACGUAAAGUGAGUAAGCGUAAAACUGUGUGUUCUGUAGCUGAAAUAUAAAUGAAAAGUUAAAGCAUGGAUAAACCAAACCCCAAAUAAAGAAAAUAAACCAAAAAUAACAAAAAAAAAACAUUUCAUAGAUCGUUAGGUAACCAUUAUGACGAUAGACGAGAACACACGUGGAGAUAGUGUUUUUCGAACCAAACCUGAAAGAAACCCGUAUUUUUGCUCCAUUAUGCUCCGCAAGGUUUAUGGUUUGCCAUUUUCCUCGCUUCCGGUAAGCAGCUAAUCCCAAAGCAUAACUACCAAACAAGUCGAAUUGGAUGUAUCGUAGGCUGGCAGUUACCUAGGAACCAGCGAGUAAAAAACACAUACACACACUGCUCUAAUGUAAUGUUAUCAACUAUUAUACCAAGUACACUAUUUAGACACGAUAACCCAAAAAGGAUGUUCAAAGCGUAAAGAAACCGUUAGAACGAUCGGUGCCGGUUGAUGGCAGGUUGAACAAAUUAAAAGCACACCUAUCGUUACCAUAAACCUUGGACAAAUACGAUACGAAGCGUGUUGUACAUAGAAACUGUAAGAAUCGAAAUAGUAGAUAAAAAGAAACCAACAAUACACGGCACGGCAUUAACGGAUUGGCCCGCUAAAGAGCAACCACUUUGUGAAACGAAGAAUAGUUGCAAACAAUAAUUUUGUAUCAUCCCCCUAACAGCACCACUUUAUGGGAUUCGUUAAGAUUUCCCCGCAACACUAUCCGAACCAACCCGAAUAAGUAAAAGAAGUUAAGCCAUCGAAAUAGAAUCGAAUGUUCGACACGCGACAGCCUCAUUUUGAAUUCAACGUUCUGUUUGCUCUUCAGGCGUCCUCAAUGAAUAGGAAACAAAACACUGUUGCAAUGAGUACGAGCAUUGUGUUAAUAGAUAGAAAC